UGGAAGAAUGUGAGGAAACCUAUCAGCCAUAACUUGGAUUACAAUGGUCUUAGAGAUAGUAUGGAGGGCAAAGGUGAAUUUGAGGAUCCACAGAGAAGUCAGGAAGUCACAUGCACAUGAAAAUCACCUUGGAGAAAAGGCCACACAAAGCCUUUCUGUGUUCUAUGCUUCAUCAGACAAAUCCUGCCAAGGAAAAAUUGUACAAAUGUGAGGAAUGCGAACAAGCUUUCAGCUACCUGUCAUGCGUUACUCAACAUGAGAAAAGCCAUAAGAAAAAAGAAUGCUGUGAAGUUAAGAAACGUAGGAAGACCUUCAGCAGAAAGCCAACCUACAUUCAGCAUCAGAGGAUUCACACUGGUGAAAAGCCUUAUGAGUGUAUGGGAUGUGGCGUGGCCUGUCGUAGUUCUGAGCUGAUUCAACAUCAGAAAAUUCAUACUAAUGAAAAACCUUAUCAGUGUAAGGCAUGUGCGAAGGCUUUUAUUCGUGGUGCACAGCUCACUGAGCGUCAGAGAGUUCAUACAGGAGAGAAACCAUAUGAAUGUAAGAAAUGCGGAAAAGCCUUUAGUUAUUGUUCACAAUAUACUCUCCAUCAGAGAAUUCAUAGUGGUGAGAAACCUUAUGAGUGUAAGGAGUGUGGAAAGGCCUUUAUUCUUGGUUCACACCUCACUUAUCAUCAAAGGGUUCAUACUGGUGAAAAGCCUUACAGAUGUAAAGAAUGUGGGAAGGCCUUUUUAUGUGCCUCCCAACUUACUUACCAUCUGAGAAUUCAUACAGGUGAGAGACCCUAUAAAUGCAAACAAUGUGGGAAAGCCUUUAUUUCUAAUUCUAACCUUACUCAACAUCAGAGAAUUCAUACAGGUGAAAAACCCUACAAAUGUAAAGAAUGUGAGAAGGCCUUUAUUUGUGGCAAACAGCUUAGUGAACAUCAAAGAAUUCAUAUGGGUGAGGAACCCUACAAAUGCAAGGAAUGUGACAAGGCUUUUAUUUAUGGCUCACAAGUUAGUGAGCACCAGAGAAUUCAUAGAGGUGAAACACCCCAUGAGUGUAAGCAGUGUGGGAAGGCCUUUAGUCGUGGCUCACAUCUUACCGAACAUCUAAGAACUCAUUCUGGUGAGAAGCCCUAUGAAUGUAAGGAAUGUGGGAAGGCCUUUAGUCGUGGCUCAGAACUUACUCUACACCAGAGGAUUCAUACUGGUGAGAAACCUUAUGCAUGUGUCCAAUGUGGUAAAGACUUUAGACUUCAGUCACAUGUAAAAGUACAUCAGAGAAUACAUACUGAUGAGAAACUCCUUGAAUGUAAGGAAUGUGGGAAGGAUUUUAGUUUUGUAUCGGUCCUUAUUCGACAUCAGCGAAUUCAUACUGGUGAGAAACCUUAUGAAUGUAAAGAAUGUGGCAAGGCCUUUGGUAGUGGUGCAAACCUUGCUUACCAUCAAAGAAUUCACACUGGUGAGAAACCUUAUGAAUGUAGUGAAUGUGGAAAGGCCUUUGGUAGUGGCUCAAACCUUACCCAUCAUCAGAGAAUUCAUACUGGUGAGAAACCAUAUGAAUGUAAAGAAUGCGGAAAAGCCUUUAGUUUUGGAUCAGGCCUAAUUCGACAUCAGAUAAUUCACAGUGGUGAAAAGCCUUAUGAGUGUAAGGAAUGUGGGAAGUCCUUUAGUUUUGAAUCAGCCCUUACUCGGCAUCACAGAAUUCACACAGGUGAGAAACCUUAUGAAUGUAAGGAUUGUGGGAAGGCCUUUGGCAGUGGUUCAAACCUUACUCAACAUCGAAGGAUUCAUACUGGUGAGAAACCUUAUGAAUGUAAAGCAUGUGGAAUGGCCUUUAGUAGUGGUUCAGCCCUUACUCGGCAUCAGAGAAUUCAUACUGGUGAAAAACCAUAUAUAUGCAAUGAAUGUGGGAAGGCUUUUAGUUUUGGAUCAGCCCUUACUCGGCAUCAGAGAAUUCACACUGGUGAGAAACCUUAUGUAUGUAAAGAAUGCGGGAAGGCUUUUAAUAGUGGCUCAGAUCUCACGCAACAUCAGAGAAUUCACACGGGUGAGAAACCCUAUGAGUGUAAGGAAUGUGAGAAGGCCUUUAGAAGUGGCUCAAAACUUAUUCAGCAUCAAAGAAUGCACACGGGUGAGAAGCCUUAUGAGUGUAAGGACUGUGGGAAAGCCUUUAGUAGUGGUUCAGACCUUACUCAGCAUCAGAGAAUUCAUACUGGUGAGAAACCUUAUGAAUGUAAAGAAUGUGGCAAGGCCUUUGGUAGUGGCUCAAAACUUAUCCAACACCAGCUAAUUCACACUGGUGAAAAACCCUAUGAAUGUAAAGAAUGUGGAAAGUCCUUCAGUAGUGGUUCAGCUCUUAAUCGGCACCAGAGAAUACACACUGGUGAAAAACCUUAUGAAUGUAAGGAAUGUGGGAAGAAUUUUGGUACUGGCUCAAGCCUUACUCAACAUCAGAAAAUUCAUACUGGUGAGAAACUUUAUGAAUGUAAGAAAUGUGGAAAGACUUUUGGGAGAGGUUCAGAGAUUCAGCAACAUAAAAAAAUACGUACUGGUGUGAGACCCUAUGAAUGUGAGGAAUGUAGGAAGUCUUUGAAUAGCCUUGCAGUUUUUCUACAUCAUAGCAUUCAUACAACUGAGAAACCCUUUAGAUGUAAGUAUUAUGGUAGACAAUUUAAUAAUGGUACAGCCUUUAUUCGCCAUCAGAGAGUUCAUACUAAUGAAAACCCCUAUGAGUGUAAUGAAUGUGGAAAGGCUUUUAGGACUAGUUCAAUAUUUAGAGAACAUCGAAGGAUUCACACAGGUGAGGAACCCAAUGAGUGUAAAGAAUGUGGAAAAGCGUUUCGUCAUUCUUCAGACCUUACUCAACACCGAAGAAUUCAUACUGGUGAGAAGCCUUGUAAAUGUAAGUAUUGUGUUAGGGCAUUUAGUAAUGUUUCAGCCUUUAUUUGGCAUUAGAGGAUUCAUACUGGUGAGAAACCCUACAAAUGUGGAAGAGCUUUUAGUACUGGCUCAGUACUUAUAGCACAUCAGAGAAUUCACUCAGGUGAGGAACCGUAUUUAUGUAAGGAACGUGGGAAAGCCUAUCAGUCUUCAGACCUUACUCAGCAUCAGAGGAUUCAUACUGGUGAGAAACCCUACAAAUGUAAGGAAUGUGGAAGGGCCUUUCCUCAUUACUCGACACAACUUACUUAUCAUCCCAGAAUUCAUACUGGAGAGAAACCUUAUAAAUGUAAAGAGUGUGGAAAAGCCUUUAUUCGUGGCUCUCCUCUUACCCAGCAUCAAAGAAUUCAUACUGGUGAACGACCCUAUGAAUGUAAUGAAUGUGGUAAGCCUGUUUUCCGUGGUUCUCAACUUACUUACCAUCAGAGAGUUCAUACUGCGGAGAAACCCUAUCAAUGUAAAGAAUGUGGAAAGACUUUUAGGCAUCGCUCACACCUUACCAUACAUCAGAGUAUUCAUACGGGGGAGAAACCCUAUGAAUGCAAGCAGUGUGGGAAGGCCUUUAGCUAUGGCUCACAGCUUACUCUGCAUCACAGACUUCAUACUGGUGAGAAACCUUAUAAAUGCAAUGACUGUGAAAUGUCCUUUAUGCGUGGCUCCCAACUUACUGAACAUCAGAGGAUUCAUACAGGUAGGAAACCACAUGAAUGUAAGCAAUGUGGAAAGACCUUUAACUAUGGCUCACAGCUUAUUCGACACCAGAGGAUUCAUACUGGAGAGAAACCCUAUGAAUGUCAAGAAUGUGGGAAAUCAUUUAUUCGUGGCUCCCAACUUACUGAACAUCAAAAAAUUCACACCGGUGAAAAACCUUUUGAAUGUAAGGAAUGUGGGAAAGCCUUUAUUCGUGGCUCACAUCUUAUUCAGCAUCAGAGGAUUCACACUGGUGAAAAACCCUAUGAAUGUAAAGAGUGUGGGAAGGCCUUUAUUUAUAGCUCACAACUGGCUCAGCAUCAGAUAAUUCAUACAGGUGAGAAUCCUUAUGAAUGUAAGCAGUGUGGGAAGAUCUUUAUUUGUGCCUCACAACUUACUCUACAUCAGAUUUCUCAUUCUGGUAAAAAGCGGUAUGAAUGUAAGGAAUGUGGUAAGGCUUUUAUUCGUGGCUCACAGCUAACUUACCAUCAGAGAGUUCAUACUGGUGAGAAACCCUAUGAGUGUAAUGAAUGUGGGAAAGCCUUUAUUCGUGGUUCACAUCUUACUCAGCACCAGAGAAUUCAUACUGGUGAGAAACCAUACAAAUGUAAUGAAUGUGGGAAGGCCUUUAAUCGUGGCUCACAACUUACUCAACAUCAGAGAAUUCAUUCUGGUGAGAAGCCUUAUAAAUGUAAUGAAUGUGGUAAGGAUUUUAGACGUCAUUCACACCUUACUCAACAUCCUAGGUGUCAUUCUACUGAGAAACCCUAUAAAUGUAAGGAAUGUGGAAAGGCCUUUAGACGAGCCUCACACCUAACUCAACAUCAUAGUAUUCAUACUGGUGAAAAACCCUAUGAAUGUAAGCAGUGUGGGAAGGCCUUUAGUCGUGAUUCACAGCUUAUUCUUCAUCAGAGACUUCAUACUGGUGAGAAACCAUAUGCAUGCAAGGAAUGUGGGAAGGCCUUUACUCAGAGCUCACAACUUAUUUUACAUCAUAGAAUUCAUACUGGUGAAAAACCAUAUAAAUGUGAAGAAUGUGGGAAAUCCUUUAUUCGUAGCUCACAACUCACCCGACAUCAGAAAGUCCAUACUGGUGAGAAACCUUAUGAAUGUAAAGAAUGUGGGAAGGCCUUUACUCAGAACUCACAGCUUACUCUGCACCAGAGACUUCAUACUGGUGAGAAACUUUAUGAAUGUAAAGAAUGUAGAAAAGUCUUUACUCAGCUCUCACAACUUAUUCUGCAUAAGAGAAUUCACACUGGUGAAAAACCCUACGAAUGUAAGGAAUGUGGGAAAGCUUUCAUUUGUGGCUCACAGCUUUCUCAACAUCAGAAAAUUCAUAAUGGGGAAAAGCCAUAUGAAUGUAAGGAAUGUGGAAAGGCCUUUAUUCGUGGCUCAUUACUUAUGCAACAUCAGAGGAUUCAUACUGGUGAAAAACCCUAUAAAUGUGAAGAAUGUGGGAAAGCGUUUAUCCGUGGCUCACAACUUACUCAACACCAGAGAAUUCAUACCAAUGAGAAGCCCUAUGAAUGUAAGGAAUGUGGAAAGACCUUUAGUCAUGGCUCACAACUUACUCAACAUCAGAGAAUUCACACUGGUGAGAAACCCUAUCAGUGUAAGGAAUGUGGAAAGGCUUUUAAUCGUGGCUCACUUCUUACUCGACAUCAGAGGAUUCAUACAGGUGAAAAACCCUAUGAAUGUAAAGAAUGUGGAAAGACUUUUAGUCGCGGCUCAGAACUUACUCAACAUGAGAGGAUUCAUACUGGUGAGAAACCAUAUGAAUGUAAGGAGUGUGGGAAGUCUUUCAUUCGUGGCUCACAACUUACUCAACAUCAGAGAAUUCAUACUGGUGAGAAACCAUAUGAAUGUAAAGAAUGCAGAAUGGCCUUCACUCAGAGCUCACAUCUUUCCCAACAUCAGAGACUUCACACUGGUGAGAAACCCUAUGUAUGUAAUGAAUGUGGGAAAGCCUUUGCCCGUGGUUUACUCCUUAUACAGCAUCAAAGAAUUCAUACCGGUGAGAAACCAUAUCAGUGUAAGGAGUGUGGGAAGGCUUUUAUUCGUGGUUCACAACUUACUCAACAUCAGAGAAUUCACACUGGAGAAAAGCCCUAUGAAUGCAAGGAAUGUGGGAAGGCCUUUAGUCAUGGCUCUCAACUUACUCUACAUCAGAGAAUUCACACUGGUGAGAAGCCCUAUGAAUGCAAAGAAUGCAGAAAAGCAUUUACUCAGAGCUCACAUCUUUCUCGACAUCAGAGAAUUCAUACUGGUGAGAAACCAUAUCAAUGUAAGGAAUGUGGGAAGGCUUUUACUCGUGGUUCACAACUAACUCAACAUCAGAGAAUUCAUAUCAGUGAGAAAACUUUUGAAUAUAAGGAAUGUGGGAUAGACUUCAGUCAUAGCUCACAAGUUUAUAUAUGAAUUAUCUGAUUCUUUGUAAUUAAAAUAGAGAGUCUUCUCUGGUCAUUAAUCCAUUAUCAUCAAAGAAUUCCUAAAAUGUGAAUAUGGGAGCAUAUUUGCCUCAUAAAGUUUGGCAUCAGUGAAUUCUAAUGGGAGAAAGAUACCGUUAAUGGAAUCUAUGUAGAAAAAUCUAUCAUUACUGGAAACCUAUUAAAUUAACUUUAGCAAAUCAUAAUAGAGUUCUGUUAAUGUACUAAAAUAUAGGAAGGCCUUUAGCUGUAGAAUGUCUUUUUCAACAUUAUCUUGACUCUACCAGCUACUUUUCUUUGUGAUAUUUAUCAUAAUUAACCUCUACUUUCAUUUAACCAUUUGUAAGAUAAGCCUAAGAAUAAUACCUUCCUUGUAAGAUUCUUGGACAUAUAUUGUGAGACAUUUCAUGUAAAGCUCUUAGAGCAGUGCCUUGAACAUAUUAUAUCACAAAUAUUAGCUAUCAUUAUUACUAGUAUGAUCUUAGAGAAUUUGCAUGAGAAGAGGACACGAUUAUAAUGAAUAUUGAGAAAUAUUUCACUAACCCUUAACCCCGACUGUUUUAGUGGGGAGCACUACAUGCCGUAAUGAAUAUGAGAAAGCUUUCAUUCACAUCUCAUGCCAUAUGCUAGAGAAGGAAAUUCAUACUGUUAAAAGAAAUCUUGCAGAUUUAAUCAGCAAAUUAUUGAAGAGGAGUAAGGUGAAUUGUAAUAAAGUCCCAAAACUCAUAUUUUCUAUAAUUUUUGACCACAAUUUAAGAGUAUUAUUUAGAAAUGAGAAAAGUGGAUAGUCAAAAUAAAAUUUUUUACUACUAUGAAAUUUCUAAAAACUUGAAUGUACAGCUUUUGAAUUAAACUAAAAGUAAACUGACAUUACUAUUUUGCAGUGAACAUGAUGACAAUCUGUCAGAGAUUGCUAUUUCCCUACUCAAUGUCUAUUUUCCCAUCUUUAGAAUUAUUGGCUAAAAAAUUAUCUUAGCCCCUCUUGCAGGUCAGUAAGAUGGAAAUGGUAUUUGUUUGUACAUAUGGAACGUUUAAGAAUACCUUUUUUCUUUCUGCAUUUCUAUUUUCCUGCCUACAAUGUGGACAUUUAGUUUACAUCUCUGAUGACUUUAUGGGGAAUUUGAGAAUGGUGUCUGGGUUCUAAGGAUGAUAGAGCAGAAAUACAGAAUGCGUCUACACCUGUACUGGUUUUAUGGAAUAGCUGUAUCAGUUCUGGUCUGCCUGCCUCCUGUAUUUCUUUACAUAAAAUUAAAAUAAACUUACUUGUUCAUGCC